GGGCGUGGCCGAGGAGCCGAGGAGGUCGGGGGCGGGGCCGUCUGGGGGAUGAAGCGGGGGCGCUCGGCUUUCCGGCUUCACUUGCAGCUGCCGGGCGUCAGGGAGAGAGUUCGCCUGCCUCCCGACCAGCGUGCAGACCUCUGACCCUGGAGUCACUUGGCCGGCGGGAACCGUCCCCUUGGGUCGUCGCCUGGGCCGCCCGCCGUCCCCCGGCCCCGAGGGGCCCGGCCGGCCGCUGCUGUAGAAGAGGUCAGCAUGAGCCAGGGGGUCCGCCGGGACGGCGGGCAGGGGGCGGCGGCCGCGGUGCAGCUGCUGGUCACGCUGAGCUUCCUCCUGAGCGUUGUCGAGGCCCAGGUUGCUGGAGUUCUGGAUGAUUGCUUGUGUGAUAUUGACAGCAUCGAUAACUUUAAUAACUACAAAAUCUUCCCCAAAAUAAAAAAAUUGCAAGAGCGGGACUAUUUCCGUUAUUACAAGAGUAAAAUUCCAGUUGGAAUAAAAGCUGGGCAUUCUAAUAAGUACUUGAAAGUGGCAAACAACACCAAAGAAUUAGAAGACUGUGAGCAAGCUAAUAAACUGGGAGCAAUUAACAGCACAUUAAGUAAUCAAAGCAAAGAAGCUUUCAUUGACUGGGCAAGAUAUGAUGAUUCACAGGAUCACUUUUGUGAACUUGAUGAUGAGAGAUCUCCAGCUGCUCAAUAUGUAGACCUAUUACUGAACCCAGAGCGUUACACUGGCUAUAAAGGGACCUCUGCAUGGAGAGUGUGGAACAGCAUCUAUGAAGAAAACUGUUUCAAGCCUCGAUCUGUUUAUCGUCCUUUAAAUCCUCUGGCACCCAGCCGAGGCGAAGAUAAUGGAGAAUCAUUCUAUACCUGGCUAGAAGGUUUGUGUCUCGAGAAGAGAGUCUUCUAUAAGCUUAUAUCGGGACUUCAUGCUAGUAUCAAUUUACAUCUGUGUGCAAAUUAUCUUUUGGAAGAAACCUGGGGUAAACCUAGUUGGGGACCUAAUAUCAAAGAAUUUAAACACCGCUUUGACCCUGUGGAAACCAAGGGAGAAGGUCCAAGAAGGCUAAAGAAUCUGUACUUUUUAUACUUGAUUGAACUUCGAGCUUUGUCAAAGGUGGCCCCAUAUUUUGAGCGCUCGAUUGUCGAUCUUUACACUGGAAAUGUAGAAGAAGAUGCUGACACAAAAACCCUUCUACUGAACAUCUUUCAAGAUACAAAAUUUUGCUUUGAAAUUAUAGACCAUUUGAAAUAUACUCAGGGUUUAGGAACUGCCCUGAAGAUAUUAUUCUCAGAAAAAGAAAUCCAAAAGCUUCCAGAGAACAGUCCGUCUAAAGGAUUCCAACUCACUCGACAGGAAAUAGUUGCUCUUUUAAAUGCUUUUGGAAGGUAA